AUGUUCGCUUUGAAACUUUUUCUCUUUUCCGUCCUGGUGGUGUUGAUAGCAGCUCAAGAAAUCAAGCAACCUGCACAAAUAGUAUCCGAAAAAAAUUUUGUUAAUGCGAAUGGAUAUAAUUUCGAAUUCAAGACAAGUGAUGGAGUGUCACGUCAAGAAGAAGCGCAACUUAUCACUGUGGGAGAUCACCAGGGUAUUGGUGUAAAAGGCUCGUACUCAUACACUGCUCCAGAUGGCGUGCAAUACCUCGUCUCUUUCACAGCAGAUGACAAAGGCUUCAAGCCGCAAAUACGUGUCGCAUCACCAGAA